GCUCAAUAAAAGACAAUGGAUACUGAAGAUAUUAGAUAAUGUACACCAACUAGUGAAUACCACAAAAAAAAACACUAUCCAAAUGCUGCACAAUAAAUUCAUAUAUGCAAUAUUGGAACUACCCGGGAUUUCAAAUUAACUAUGGGUUUGCGCUAUGAAACAAUGCUUGGGAAGUACAUAAGAGGACGAAAACUUGGUUCCGGGACAUAUGGUACAGUUUACUUAGCUACUGAUAAGAACACAGGACAGGAUUUUGCCAUCAAAAUGGUGGGAAUUAAUGACAAUGAAAGCUGUGUGCCUGCUUCUACGAUAAGAGAAAUCGGGAUACUUCUUGAACUAAACAACUUUGGAUGUGAUAAUAUAAUCAGAAUACAUGAGAUCAUACACAAAAAAAGACAUAUUUCGAUUGUAUAUGAACUAGCUGACUGGAACUUGAAAGAAUUUAUGGAUAGGUUUGCAGUUAAAGACCUGAAAAACGAAACACUACGUCGUUUGCCAUUCGAACUCACAAAAUCAUUCUUAGGCCAAAUUUUGGAAGGCCUAAUUGUUUGUCACAAACACUCGAUCAUUCAUAGAGACUUAAAGCCUACAAACAUACUGAUAACUACUUAUGGGAUUGUAAAAAUAGCUGAUUUCGGACUUUCCAGGACUCUGUCUAUUCCAUAUCGCUCAUUAUGUCAUGAAGUCAUUACACUAUGGUACCGUGCACCAGAAAUUAUGCUUGGUGUACAAAAUUACGAUUAUUCCGUAGAUGUUUGGAGCCUUGGAUGUAUAGCGUACGAAAUGAUACAAGGAAAGGUUUUGUUUCCGGGAGAUUCUGAAAUAGGUCAGCUUUAUCUUAUAUUCGAAAAGCUAGGAACGCCGACAUCAGAUACCUGGAGUGGCUGUGAAAAGCUAGUAAAUUAUAAUAGUGAAUUGCCGAAGUUUAAGGCUAUUGGUUUUGACGAAGAGAAAUUUACUGAAGAUUGGAAAUAUAUAAUUCAGAACACUAUUUGUCUAAACCCAAUGGAAAGAAUCCCUCUGGAAUGUAUACGUGUCAAUACAUCUGUGAGAGAAAAAACGAUCAUACCACUGCAAGCUUACAUUGACAAAACAAUCUGAUGUCCAACAAUACAUAUAUUUUUACUCAAACCUCUUUUGCAACUUUGUUAAGAUAUCCUGAAUAUUCAACAAAUAUGUGUUUUGCUUUCGGGACCACAUCCCACAAAUCAGGUGUCAGAUAUUCAUAGGUGGCUCGUAUGGCUGCGUAUGUUGCUUUAGCUAAAAGCCGAAAUAACAUCAAUAUAUAAUCUUACCGAAAUUCCCCAAAGUUGAGGUCUGACCACGAGCACUCGUAUAGACAUCUUCAAUACCAGCCAUUUGCAGAAGUUUCUUGGGAACUGGAGCACCAACAAUACCUGUUCCGCGAGGGGCUGGGAUUAAACGUACAGAUACUGAUCCACACUUUCCGGUCACCUUACAUGGGACAGUAUGUGGUUUUCCAAUCAGGUUACCCCAGUAGCCCUUUCUUACAGGGAUCAUAGACAGUUUUGCUUGUAUUAUAGCGCCUCUAAUUGCUGUAGCGACCUCCUUGGCACAUUUUACUCCUAGCCCAACAUGACAAUUAUGAUCCCCCAUGGCAACAAUUGCUUUAAAACGUGUUCGUUGACCGGCACAGGUCUGCUUUUGAACAGGCAUUAUUUUGAGGACUUCAUCUUUUAAACUUGAACCCAAUAUUGUAUCUAUAAUUUCACAUUCCUUAAUCGGAAGACUGAACAUGUAUAUUUCUUCCAACGUAGUAAUUUUCCUAUCGUAUACCAGACGACCCAACUGUGUAACAGGUUUCCAUUCUUUUGUCACAGCUCCUCGGCCACGGCCUCGUCCUCGACCACGUCCGCGACCGCGUCCCCUUCCUCUAGCUCCAAACGAACCACGGAAACCGCCGCGACCGCCUGCUGAUUCCAUUUAGUAAUCUGUGAUUCCCACGCUUAUCGAGUUCAAAGUAAGCGCGUAGCGUAAACCUCCACCUCUGAACAUGACAUAAAACAAAGU